AUGGCUCUGAAAGAGACACACAGCAGUCAGAGAGAGUGGGAAUACAAGACGCCACCCAUUUCCGAUUUGCUGCACCUCCUUUUGCAGAACAGACACCCAACCGGGCCUGUGAAUGAAGUCUGGCCCAAUGUGUACAUAGGCGAUGCGCACACUGCCCGUAACAAGGCUGUGCUGUGUGACCUGGGAAUAACCCACAUCGUGAACGCCGCAGAUGGUCCUCAUCGCAUUGACACGGGGCCCAGCUUCUACUCAGACAUUGCCGUGCAAUACUACGGCGUGGACGCACCUGACAGCCAGGAUUUUGACCUCAGCCCUUUUUUCUAUCCGACCGCGGAAUUCAUACAAGGAGCACUUUCUCAAAAAGGCAAAGUGUUUGUGCACUGCGCGAGAGGAAUCAGUCGAUCCGCCACCCUGGUGUUUGCCUUCCUCAUGAUCAGCGUGAGACUCACUUUAGCCGAGGCCAUCAAGGCCGUCCGUAAACACAGAAAUGUGCUCCCCAAUGCUGGCUUUCUGAGCCAGCUCUGCCGCUUGGACAUGACCUUAUCUCUGGAGAGGGCAAAGACACAGAGCCCUCAUAAGUCUGUCUGUGACAUGUGA